ACUGUUCUGUCUCUCCUCUGCACAUGGUUUCUGGCUGCUGAGCCUUUCUCAGCUUCAGAGCUGCACGCAAACCCAAGCUCAGACCGUCAAAGACGCUCCCCGCCUUCUGAGCUCCAGAUGAGUCCGUUCCUGCUGUUUUCCCUCACUGCUGUCAGACAUUAGAGGCUGUCAGGACACAAAUGAGCAUCUUCACUGUGUGGGACAGAGAGAAGACGAAGGCUGCAGAAACCGUCCAGGGAAGUACACCAUGAAAGACAACUAUGAUGGAUAUGAGAACCAACUCUUUAAAGAUGAGGACUUCACUGUGGAGGAGGAGGAGAUACCUUCAUUUAGAGGUCGUUCUCGAGGUGGAUGUGUGAGAUGCCAGCAGAGCCGCUCCCUCCACCUGGCUGUGAAAGUCUUGUACGGAUUUGUUGCUUUCCUCAUCAUCAUAGUUGCAGUGCUCGCCUCACUCGUUUUCAGAAAGAUGAACUACUUAUCUACAGAGGAAACGGUCUGUCAGAGGAAGAUCAGCCAGGCUCAGCAAGGAAUAGAUGAUCUGAAGUCUUCGUCUAACUCUUCAGGCUGCUUGGAUCUGACUUCUUACAGCGAGGAGAUCAGCCGCCUGAAGAAGGAGCUUGAAGAAAUUCAGAAAAUGAUGCUGCGACAAGAGCAGGUCCUGGACCGAGCCUCCCAAACACAGGCCACUACAAGAACUACCAGCAACCAGCUGAAGCAGGAAGUCCAGACCCACCUAGUGUCAAUCCGAUUACUCAACCAGUCCCUGGAAAGGUGCGUGGAUAGGGUGGAAGGCUGGAGGGAGGUGAUGGAGGAGACCGAGGAGAAGAUGAAGACUCUGACAGAGGAUCAGUAUCAAGUCAAAGCUACAGCGCAGCAAAUCAACACAACAGUGAUGCUCAGCAAAGACUGGAUAAACGUGCUUCAAAGAAAAGCAGACGAGGAUUCUCGGGUUCUGCAGACGUUGACCAGCAGCUGGCAGAACAACAGUCAAGUUCUGAGUGCAAUCAUGUCCAACACAAGCAGCAUCUCACAAAACAUGCUCUACCUGCACAGCAACGUCCUCAUAGACCAGCAGAGAAUCGCCACAACGACUGAGAUGUUCUAUGACCUGUCACAGCAGGCGAUGAACCUCCAAAUGCAGCUUGACAACGUAUCCUCAUUUAUGGAUGAACAUGAGGAGAACGUGCAUGAUCUUCAUUAUCACUCCAGAUAUUAUGAAAACCGGACAGGUGAGCGCUUCUCUGCAUUGGAUGGCCGUUUGAACUCCAUUGAGAUGGAGAUUGACACCAUUUCGGCAAGCAUCAAUGCCACCGUCAUUCAUGUCCAGAGCAUGUUGAAGUACAUCAACAUCGAGAGCUCGUCCUGCAAGAGCCGUAUGGGAAGGCACACAGAAGACCUGCAGAGCAUGAACAGUACAGUCAUGAUACUCCUGCAGUCAGCUGAUUCAUUGAGGGAGCAGAACAUGAUGCUGAAUGUCCGACUCAACAUGGACGUAAGGAACCUGUCCAUGCUGAUGGAAGAGAUGAAGCUGGUGGACAUUCACCACAGCCAGAUUAUAAAGAACUUCACCAUUUUAAAAGGUGCUCCAGGACCUCCAGGGCCCAAAGGAAACCGUGGAGAGACUGGCCCAAGAGGAGGCACAGGACUGUCGGGAUAUAAAGGGGAGAGAGGCCUUGUAGGAAUUCGUGGAGCGAGCGGACCGAAGGGUUCUCCUGGUCCUAAAGGUGUACCUGGGCAACCAGGUCCUGUUGGCACCAAAGGUGUGGCAGGACUGAAAGGAGCCAAAGGGUCAUUUGGUCCACCAGGCCCAAAAGGUGAAAAGGGCCAGAAAGGGGAUAUGGGCCCCAUUGGUAAUGAAGGUGUACCAGGACCCCCCGGGCCCACUGGAUUACAAGGCCAAGCAGGAUUACCAGGUAUUAUUGGACCUCCUGGACCAAGGGGAAUACCAGGGCCACCAGGGCCACAUGGACCUCCUGGAACUCCAGGACCCCCUGGUGCAGUCGAAAUAGGAGUGCUGAGUAAGACCCCUCAAAUGCACUCUGUGACACCUGGUGUGGACUCUAAGAGACACUAGAGAGAAAAACAGAUGUGGACUGUCACCAGCAACAAACUAAAUCAAGAUUUAUUGUUGUGAUCAAGGAUUAAAGAAACCAAAGCCCUUAAUGAACUGUUGCUUCAAAUCAAAUUCACUCUUUGACUUGAAGUAGAGGGUAUUCCAUGUGGAAGGAUGGAAUUAAUCGACACAAACAUCUUAACAUCCGAAGACAUGAAAGGUCCGUAAGUCUGAGCCAGUGUUGGGAAAUCUGUGGACAGACAUUAUAGUUGGAGGUCAUCAUAAAGUAGCAAAGACAGUUUUUGAAAAAUCUUUUCAGCAUCUCACUUCAUAAGAAGAGGUCUGCAGUAUUUUUUCAAAGUUUUCUAAAUGUCAUGUUUUCCUUACAUCUACAUAAAAACAGACAUGUUCUUGCUGAAAAGAGGACCCUUUUGGCUGUUAAAGUGUAGUUUAAAGGCUAGUUUUCAGAGCAGGUACUCUGCAGACAGUUCUGUGAAUUGCAGUUUCAAUUGAAACAUUUUGCUUUGGUUAUAAAUACAUUAGUCAUUGUUUUGUAUUACUGCAGCUGGCAAUAAAGUGAAAAAGUAAAGAAGCCUGUGA